UCUGGAGGCGGCGCGUACUACAACAUUCGCAGUACGUACGAGGAGGAGGGGGCAAAGGUGAAAUCCGUAAUGAAGAUUCCGCCACCGUAGCAGGCUCAGUCACACUUGUUUAUCUUUAAGAUAACUUUCAGACGAAGGUGAGCUGCUCUACAGCCCAAAGAAGACAUGGCACGCCUGGUAGCAGUCUGCAGGGAAGGCGAGGAGGACCACGCGUUUUUGGCCAGACAGAUUCCCCUGUAUAUUGAUGACACUAUCACGAUGGUGAUGGAAUUUCCUGACAGUGUAAUGGAUGUUGAAGGCCACAAUAUCAACCCUACUCAUUGGAAACAAUUUUCUGAGUCUUAUUCCAAGCUGAAGCAGCAGGACCUGAAUAUUGCCUUGAUGGUGACAUCCAGAGAGGUGUACAGUGCAUUAUCCCAGCUGGUGCCGUGUGUGGGCUGCAGGCGCAGCGUGGAACGCCUCUUUUCACACGCAGUGGAAAUGGGGAACCCAGCACUGGAGCCUCUCACAGUGAAACCCAAGGGCAUGCUCACUCUCACCAAGGCCUGUUUGGCAGACGUGAAGAAGCUUUAUAGCCUCUUCUACAUCCAUGGGUCAAAGUUAAAUGACAUUAUUGAUGCCAUUCCUAAAAGUAAAAAGAAUAAACGCUGCCAGUUGCACUCCUUAGACACGCACAAACCUAAACCAUUGGGGGGCAGUUGGAUGGAUGUGUGGGAGCUGAUGUCACAAGAAUGCAGGGACGAGGUGGUCCUCAUCGACAGUGCCUGUCUCCUUGAGACGCUGGAGACAUACUUGCGUAAACACAGGUUUUGCACAGACUGUAAGAAUAAGGUGAUCCGAGCGUACAACAUCCUGGUUGGAGAGGUGGACUCCAGUGAGGAGAAGGGAUACUGUGCCGCUCUGUAUGAGGGUCUCUGCUGUUGCCCCCACGAGCGGCACAUUCACGUGUGCUGUGAGACGGAUUUCAUCGCUCACUUACUCGGCAGGGCAGAGCCUGAGUUCUCGGGAGGUUAUGAGCGCAGAGAGAGACAUGCAAAAACAAUCGAUAUUGCACAAGAGGAAGUUCUGACCUGUCUGGGUAUUCAUCUCUACGAGCGGCUGCACAGAAUCUGGCAGAAGCUACGGGCUGAGGAGCAGACUUGGCAGAUACUGUUCCACCUGGGAAUCGAUGCACUACGGAAAAGCUUCGAGAUGGCAGUGGAGAAGAUGCAGGGCAUCAGUCGGCUUGAGCUGUUUGUCGAAGAGCUGUCGGAGGAGGAGAGAGCCAAGGAGCUGAAACUGGAGAAGAAGAGGCAGAAGCGAAAAAAUCGACGCAAAAACAAGUGCGGUUUUGAUCUGUCUGAACAGGAGGCAGAGAACAAGGAGAAAGUCCUGGACGAGGGUUCCUAUGAAUCUGUCGAUGGCAGCUGUAAGGCCUGCGGUAGUCACGACGACGAGGAGGAGGAAGAAGAGGCUGGGUGCCCAGAGGCAGUCGCCGCCAGCAGAAACGGCUCCUGUAGCUGUUCAGACAACACCAAGCCAGAUUUGUCCCACAACAGUAACGGAAGCGACUGUGGCUACUCGUCAAGUUUGGAAGGCAGCGAGACGGGAUCACGAGAGGGCUCUGAUGUUGCCUGCUCUGAGGGAAUCUGCAACCAUGAAUCAGGGGAUUACCCAAAUGUCCAUCACUGUGUUGAAGACAAGGAGGAGGACGGAACCGACAGCUGUGUGGACUGCUGGCCGCUCUCUGAGGAAAAUGGCCAGUGCAAGAGUAAAAAGAAGAAGAAAAAGAGCAAGAGCUUCUGCAAUGAUCAGGGCCCAAAAACUGAAGGAUGCACAUCCGACGGGAACUCCACAGGCCACAUUCUGACAUCAGCAAACAAUUGUCGAACCAAAGAAAUAUUUUCCUCUCUGUGUGGUGAUAAAUUUGCUAGCAUUGCACUACGGUUACCGUGGACAGGACAUCAAAACAGCCUCAGCCUUCACACAAGGCCUACGAAGGCAAAUUUAAGCCUUGUGGAACUUCUGGAUGAUUCUGAGGUAACUUCUGAUGAAGAGAGCGGUCUGACCCAAGAUGAGAUCCAGGCAUUUUUAGAACAAAACCAGUCGUUCUACAGCAACCGCCACCAGUAUCGACAGCUCCUGAAAGAGAAAUUCACCAACUACUGCCGUGCCACUGAUCACAGCAAGCGAGUCUGUGGAAAGUGGUUUGCCACAGCCAGUGUCAAGUAACAUCUUCCCGUGGGAAAUAAAAGCACUCAUCGCCAUCGCUGCAAGAUUGUUAGAAAAGAUGCAUUUCAGGUGUACCCUUUGGUGUCUUGUUGUGUCAUUUCUUCUUUAAAAUCAACAUGAUUAUUAUCUCCUUGACAUCUCUCUCUUUUGCACUUGUACACCGACAUAGUUCAUCUCUUUACCACAUUCAUACAUGUAGUUAUUUAUUGUUGGUCUUGUGUUGGGUUUUGGGGUUAGAACACAGUCGAGUAACAAAUCAAGCUUUACAAGCUGAGAUAUUGGGGAUGAAUUUUAGUUUCCUUUUUUUCUGUGUUUUUUCUUUACGGUAACACUUCAGUGUAGUGCUAAAAGGUUGCACCAUGAGAUGUGUAUAUAAAUAUAAAAUUUUACAGAGAAUAAACAGCUGUUUGUAAUAAAUUUUGGGUGUGUUAAGAGCGCAAUGUGAAAAAUUUACUAAAUAAAGAAUAUUUAUUAAUAUGGACUAUAAA